AUGGACAAUCUAGGGAAGACCCUUAAUAAUCUGUCGUUGUACGAGGUCAAGGCCUACGUCCGCAAGGCCCAGAAUGCCGUCUUGAACCUGAGUGAGAUGGAAGCCAAAGUGCGCGAAGCCACCAACAACGAACCCUGGGGAGCCAGUUCAACUCUGAUGGCUGAAAUUUCUCAGGGAACCUACAACUAUCGUGAAAGAGAAGAAAUUUGUGCGAUGAUUUCGAGGCGGUUUACGGAGAAGUCGGCUCACGAAUGGAGACAGAUAUACAAGGCGUUGCAGCUCAUGGAAUAUCUAAUCAAGCACGGAUCUGAAAGGUUUGUGGAUGACGCUCGUGCGAAUGUCAAUCUGAUCACAUUGCUGAGAUCUUUCCACUACAUUGACUCGCAGGGUAAUGACCAGGGUGUUAAUGUCCGCACCAGGGCCAAGCAACUGAUAACUCUGUUGAACGACGAAUCAGCAAUAAGGCAGGAGCGCAAGAAAGCAAGGGAGAACCAGAAGAAGUAUGGCGGACUUUCAUCUUCCAGCACGUACACUAACGGGUAUUCCGGCGGAAGCUCAAGCGGGGCCGGGGCCAGGUCCAGCAACAACAGAUAUGCUGCCUACGAUGAAGACGAGGACGAAAACGGGUUCACAAACAGAGUUUUCGGUGAUGGUGGUGUCUUUGGUGAGAGAUACGAGGAGCAGAGACAGGCGCCUAGCAAGGAGUUUGAGGAAUAUGUCGUUGAUGAAGAACCGGCCAGAAGGACUUCCAAGGCCACCACACAGACGUCCACCGUGAAUGCUACUCCGGAUCUUCUAUCUGACGGAUUCGGAACUUCUACUGCUCCUGCUGCGAAUGAUGACGAUGAUGAUGAUGAUGAGUUUGACGACUUCCAGGCUGCGGCACCGGUGGUUUCCUCCGGAAACGUGCCUUCGCUCACAUCGACUGCUCCUCAGGCUACUCCUGGAGCCAAUCCUUUGACCCCAAACAACUUGGCAAACUUGUUUGCUGCAUCUUCCCAUCCGGCGCAGCCUCAGCCUUUACCAGGGUUCUCGCAGACGGCCCAACCUCAGCCAGGAUACUCACAACCAUCUUACCAAUCAUUUGCAUCUCCGGCUACCCCAGCGACCCCAGCGACCAAGCCCAAAAAGAAUGACGCUUUCAGCUCACUGUUAAUGACUGCGAAGACCAAGACUACGUCUGCUGCCAAACCAACAACCAACGACGAUCUUUUGGGCAGUUUCUCCAAUAAACAGCCAGCCGCUACCACCACAACCAAUGGAACCAAUGGCACAAACGGGAACUCGGGGAACAACGAUUUCGAUCUUCUGAGCUUCUAG